AUGGGAGUUUGUACAAAUCGCCGGGCCCAUUGCUUCAAGUUGCUCCUGAUCCUCGGCACACUCUCGGGAAUCUCGCUUGGCAGUAUUACAAAAACCGAUGUGAGUUUUGGAAGUGCUAUCUAUCAGUCUGUCGGGGAAAUAAUGAGCACUUUGUCGCAUCAAGCCGCCGAGAAAAUGAAUUGCCUUCGCGGCUGCGAACUUACUCUCUCGGCGGUAAAGAUCGUUCCAUAUCUCGGCGGCGCUUGCAAAGCGCGAGCUAAAACUUUCAGGAAUUGAUAUUUAGUCUAUGCCCGACGUGUGUCCAAAAUUUAAAGAAAAUCUGAGCGUCGCACUUGGGGUACUUCCCUUGUUAGCAAUAUCGUACAAAGUAAAAAAUUUUGACCAAUUUCCAGGUAGUCGAUAAAACAAAAGACUCGGAGGAGACCACGCUGAACUCCAAGGACUUUGAGAAUGCUCCGGAAAAGGAUGUUGAUCUCAAAAUGAUUGGAAUAAAUGUGCCCGAAGACCCGACCAUGGGCUCGAAGGCGGAAGGUGACAUUCUGAUGCCAAAGACAAAAGAGAAAAAGUUUUUGGAUGAGCGGACUGGCUUGGGGAGGAAUGCCAUACGGCAGUCUUAUCGGUGAGAUUUUUUUUACAUUGAAAAUCCAUAUUAGUAAUUUUAUAUAUAUAUUUUUACCUGUCUGUCGGGAAAAUAAUGUGGAAUUUUCGCGCCUUAAAAUUGCCCUUCUGCCAGGAGACUUGAAUUCUUGCUAAAAAUUUUGCUAAAAAAAUCAAAUCCACAUUAUUUUCCCGACAAUCUGAGAUGCUAUCAGUCUGUCGGGAAAAUAAUGUGGAUUCGUCGCGCCUUAAAAUUGCCCUCCUGCCGGGAGACUUGAAAUCUUGCGAAAAAAUUCAAAUCCACAUUAUUUUCCCGACAAUCUGAGAUGCUAUCAGUCUGUCGGGAAAAUAAUGUGGAAUCCUCGCGUCUUGAAAUCGCCCGGCGGCUAGGACCGCGAUGAGGUGAAAAAAUAUUGCUGCAACAAAUCCACAUUAUUUUCCAGACAGAUUGAUAUUAGUGUUUUUAUAAAGUGCAUGGACUUUUGUCAUCGUCCGCACCGUGCACAAAAAACCCCCAUUUUGCACCGUGCAUUUCGCUUUUUUUUGGUUUUUUCGCACUGUGCAUUUGAAAUGUUGCUGCGACAAAGCGAAAUUUCAACUUCAAAUUUGCACGGUGCAAACGGCUUUUUUGCGGAUUGCACAGUGCGAAAGGAGAAAAUUGCACUGUGCGUUGGCGACAAGCGUGGGAAAAAGUUCAAAAUGCACUGUGCAGUUUGUCGCAUUCCGCACCGUGCACAAAAACCCCCCAUUUUGCACCGUGCGUUUCACUUUUUUUGGGUUUUUUGCACUGUGCAUUUGAAAUGUCGCUGCGACAAAGCGAAAUUUCAACUUUGUCGCUGGAAGUUUGCACGGUGCAAAAAGCUUUUUUUUAGGUUCGCACAGUGCGAAAAGAGAAAAAUGCACUGUGCGUUGGCGGCAAGUGCGGGAAAAGGUUGAAAAUGCACUGUGCGAAAGAAAAAAAAAUGUCCAUGCACUUUAUGCAAAUACUAGUCGCGGAAAAAAGUCCUUAGAAUUUUUCGCGACCCCCAAAUCCCGUCGCACCCCGAAAAGUCGAUUUGUCGCUGAGAGAAAUGGGAAUCGCGCGCGACAAUAAGGCAAAAACAACAAAAUUGCACUGUGCAAAAGCACUUUUCGGGCCGGAUGCACGGUGCAAAAUGUGUUUUCGUGUGAAUGCACAGUGCAGAGUCGCAGAAAAUUCUAAGGACUUUUUUCCGCGACUAGUACUAAUAUCAGAUCUGUCGGGAAAAUAAUGUGGAUUUGUCGCAAAAAAAAAUAUUUUGCCUCGUCGCAGAAAAUCUGCAGCCCAUCUGUCGCAAAGCGAUUUCAAAGUGCGACAAAUCCACAUUAUUUUCCCGACAGACUGAUAUAGUAUUAUAUUAGUAUUUUCAUAAAGUAUUAAGCUCGUAAUCUUCGUGUUGUUGCAGUAAAUGGCCGAACAACGAGAUCCCCUACACACUCAGCACACAAUACGGAACGUAUUCGCGCUCAGUCAUCGCCAAAGCCAUGAACGAGUACCACACAAAGACGUGCGUCAGGUUCGUGCCAAGGGACACGAAAAAACAUCGUGAUUAUGUGUACAUUCACCCCGACGACGGUUGUUAUUCGUUGGUGGGCCGUGUGGGCGGACGACAGCCGUUGAGUUUGGAUUCGGGAUGUAUUCAGACCGGGACGAUUGUUCACGAGCUCAUGCACACGGUCGGCUUCUUUCAUGAGCAGUCCAGGUAGGUGGAGUUGUAGACAACUGAUGUGAGACGAAAAUUGAAAGAACUACCUAUCAGUCUGUCGGGAAAAUAAUGAGAAUGACGAGGCUGUGCCGAUCGCGUCGCUGAAGUGAAAAGCAAUUUCAUUUUGCCGCGACACACUUCAUUUUCUCCGCGGCGAUGCGAUUUUCGAUGCGACAGAGUGCUCAUUAUUUUCCCGACAAACUGAUAGUUGCGCACUGUGAGAACCACGACAAAAAGUCUACGUACUUUCUGGAACGGCUAGUAUCUCUGCCAAUUUUGCGCGGAAAAAACGAUUUUUUUAUAGAAAUAUUACCCUUUACAGUAGGAACAAGGCUGAAAGUUUUCAUGGAUAAACUCUUAAAAAAGUGUCGAUUUUUGAGCCACUUUUCUGAUUUAAAAUCUCAAUUAUUUCUGCAAAGGACAAGUUAAAAUUCUCGGGUAUUUUUUGAGAAAACAAAUGGGCAGAAAAAGCAAAAAGUCUUGAUAAUUUGAACUGUGAAUUUUUUAUCUUUUUGUCUUUUUUUUGUCAUAUCAGUCUGUUGGGAAAAUAACGGCGGAUCGUCGCAGCAAAAUGUCUCACCUCGCCGCUAUCGUGCACCAAAUUCCAAAUCGCGGCUUGCAGUCGCAAAGCGAUGAUGGGCGAUUCCGAGACGCGACGAUCCGCCGUUAUUUUCCCGACAGACUGAUACAAAAUGGGCUAUUCCCAUUUUUCGCAGCGAUGAAUCAUUUUUUUUCAGAGUGCGACAGAAUUCAGGGCCGCGAUAAAUUAUCUGAAAUUUUUGUCUCGACUAGUAUAUUUGUCCCAAAUUUCUCUAAAAUUUGAGCCUCGCACUUCCAACCCUUCCUUUUCAACUUUUUCACCAUCUCUUUCAGAUACGACCGUGAUCAUUACAUUGAAAUCGUGUGGCCCAACGUGAUCAACGGCGCCGACGACCAGUUCGAGAAGUACGGCACGAACGUGAUCGACCAAUUCAACGAGCCCUACGACUACUCCUCCAUCAUGCACUACGGCCCGUAUGCGUUCAGUGCGAACGGGAAGCGGACGAUUCUGGCGCGACGGCCGGGCUCUCAAAAAAUGGGCCAACGAGUGCAGUUUAGUGAGGUGGAUUUGCGGAAAAUCAAUCGGUUGUAUCAGUGCGACGCGCAGACCAUGAUCAAGAAGCCGCCCCGGCCUCAGCUGCCGAUUCAGGUAAACGGGAACGCCGCCGAUUCCGCCGCCAUGAAUAACGUGUCGAAAGGCGUGGCGGGCGUCGCGGCCGGCCUCGCCAUCGGCUCGGCAAGUCGCUUAACUAACAGAGCUAAUAACUUUGCAAAUCGGGUCAUCUCGGGCCAAGGACUGGCGACAGUUCAGCUCGCGAGGAAGCCCUUCUCGCCCUUCAACCGAAAUCGAUUCGCCUACGGGAUUCGGAGUCGAUGA